UUGUAUAAUAUUGUAAAUAUAGGUUGGAUGGUAUUAUUUUAAGUUUUAAAAAUGUGCAAGUAACCACAAUAUCGGAAGACAAUCCAGGAAACGUUCAGAUUCCAGUCGACUACGUUGCUGAUGUUUAUGUCUUCAAACCGAAAGUAGGAAGUGUUUUAACAGGAAUAGUAAGCAAGAAGAAUAAUAAUCAUAUAGCCUGCUUGGUGCAUAAAACAUUCAAUAUAACCAUUCCACGCCCCAUGAGAAUCACAGUUGAAGAUUGGAAUGGGAGUACUUUAAAUAUUGGUGAUGAAGUUACUUUUAAAAUUAAGUAUGUGGAUUUGAGUGGCGAGUUACCAUACAUUAAAGGCUCUUUAUAAACAAUAAGAUAAUGCUGAACGUCAUUUAGUUUGCUGAAGAAAGGACAGUGAAUUGAAUCCACUCUAAUUGAUAUUUAUAAGAAAAACUAAGCUUCUCUUAGCCCAAUAAGAGUUGCUAAUUAUUUCUUGGUGCUUGUUUAUAAAUAACACUGAUUAUGGAUGAAGGAAACUGUGACAGUUUACAUGAGUUGUCUAGUGUUGUAAGUGAUAGUUUAUUAAGUAAAAUAACAGUUAGGACAAAACCAGUUAGAACUAAAGAAGUUCUUCACCAUAUAGAAGAGAAUUCACAAGUACAAAAUGAAGAAGAAAUGGAAGUGUUCAAUAAAUCUACAGCUAAACCGUCAAAUACUGACAGAUUAAAUAAAAAACGAAAAAGAAGAAAUUCAAUUGCAAUCUGCACUAUAAGCCAAAGUAAAAAAGAAAUGGAUCCUUUUUAUAACAUUAAACUUGCAAAGAAACAUAAAUCAAAACGUAAAACUUACGGUGGGUAUGAAAAUGAACCCCAUUCAAAAUAUUUUUUUGAGGAAAAUGAUAAGAUUGAAGAUGAUUUUAAUAAAUGUGACUUUCCAUCUGGUAAACAUGAAAGGGAACACAAUCAUUCAGGAUACUUACAAGACGAACAUCUUAAUUUUGAAGAAAAAGUUGAAAGCAAAGCUAAUUCUGAAACUGUCUCUCCAACUGUGCAACAAAAAAAUAAACACAAACUGAAACAAAAACAUUCUGAAGAUUCGCAAAGUGAAAACCUUAUUUUAAAAGGUAAACAUGCAAUUGAUUCUAAUGCUGAAAGUAAAAGUGAGUCUCCAACCAUCACACAUCACAAGAAAUCUAAAUUAAAAAGCAAAUAUUCUGAGUACUUAGAAGAAAAACAUGACAAUGAUAAUAAUUCUGAGAUUGGCUCUCCAACUGACAAACAUAAAAACAAACACAAAUUAAAACAAAAAAAGUCUCAAGAUUUUCAAAGUGGAAACCUAUUAUUUGAAGAUAAACAUGAAAGUAAAGCUAAUGCUGAAAAUGAAAUUUAUUCUCCAACCAUCAAACAUCACAAGAAGCCUAAAGUGAAAAGUAAAUAUUCUGAUUACUUUAAAGAUACAAAUCUUAGCUUUGACAACAAUGUUCAAGAAAAAGAUAAAAACGAGAAUAAUUCUGAGAUUGAAUCUCCAACUAACGAACAUAAAAACAAACACAAAUUAAAACAAAAAAAGUCUCAAGAUUUUCAAAGUGGAAACCUAUUAUUUGAAGAUAAACAUGAAAGUAAAUCUAAUGCUGAAAAUGAAAUUUAUUCACCAACCAUCAAACAUUACAAGAAGCCUAAAGUGAAAAGUAAAUAUUCUGAUUACUUUAAAGAUACAAAUCUUAGCUUUGACAACAAUGUUCAAGAAAAAGAUAAAAACGAGAAUAAUUCUGAGAUUGAGAUUGACUCUCCUACAUCCCAACAUAAAAAUAAACACAAAUUAAAACAAAAACCUAAUGAAUAUUUUCAAAGUGGAGACAUUUUUGAAGAUAAACAUGAAAGUGAGUCUUAUUCUGAAAGUAAGAGUGAUUCUCCAUCUGUCAAACAUCAAACAAAAUCCAAUUUGAAAAGAAAAUAUUCAGGAGACUCAAGAGAUGGUCAUAUUAAUGUUGAGGAAAAUUUUAAAGAAAUAGAUGAAAAUGAUGCUAAUACUAAGACUAAAGAUGAUUCUCUAAUAGUCAAACAUAAAAGUAAGAAAAAUAAGGUACAUGAUUUGAAUAACAUAAAUUGUUCUCCUAUGGCUCCAAAGAAAAAUAAAAGUAAACAUAAGCUAUUAGAAAAUAAUAAUGAAAUACAAUGCUCAAGUAAUUCAGCUAUCUCAUCUUCAAUAAUAUUAAAAAAUUUAUUGGAAAGUGAAAGAAAGGCUUUGUAUAGAAAGAGACACAGUAUUUCUAAAAAGAAAAAACAAACAAAACAACAAAAGAGCAGUGAAAUGUGUAGUAAUGUCAAUAAUAAAUCAACAAAGGAAUUACAACAAAAGGAAAAUUCAGAAUAUAUUCCUGAGAAAAGCAAGAAAAAGAAAAUGCAAAACAAAAAACACAAUACCAACUCUGUAACUUCAAGAAAUAACAAAAAAGGAAUUGUCAAAGAAGAUACAUCUUCGAACGAGAUAGAAAUUAUGAGAGAUAUGUUACUGAGAAAAGCUAUGGAAAAUACAAACCUCGCAAAGACAAAUCUAGAAGCUUCAGUGGAAUGCACUACUAUGAAAGAAGAUAAACAUAAGAAAUUUUCCUCAGAGAUUGAAAAAAUAAAGUUUUUGGGUAAUAUUAAAAAAACAGAACACAAAGAGGAUAAAAAUAAAUGCAGAAAAAUAAAGGGUAAUAAAAUGGACAUGCAACAUAUUCAGCAAUCACUAUUGAACAAAGCAUUGAAAACACUUAAUUCAAAACCUGCAAAUAUUAAAGGUUCUUUCAAAUUUAAACCAUCUAAAAUAAAAAGUAAAGAUAAACCAACUGUAGUGAACGAUCUUAAAGGCAAGACAGGUAGCAUGAAGAAAAAGAAGAAAGCUGGAACAAAAGAUGAAUUAGAAGAAAUGACCUCAAAAUUGUUAUCUGCAGCUCUUUCAAAUAAAUAAAAGUAAAUAAAUUGUUCCAGACGAUAUUUAGUGCCUUAAAAAAUGUUGUUGUAGUCUUCAUCUGAAAAAAGAUCAGUUAUCAGGUAGUGAUAGUUAUCUAUAUGUAUAUAAUUUUCUAUGAGUGAAUGAUUCAUGCCAAUUAAACAAUACUUAGUUGCUUUUGUCAAACAAAAUUUAACUUCUAGCUACUUAAUAUUAUUUUUAAGUUUUGGUAAAAAAUGUUCAUAACAAGUACAUAGGAAAAGUUCAGUAAUCAUGUACAUGCACUGUACAUGUGUUUAUGUUACUUUUUUGUUGGUAAUUUUAAUAUAUUACAUUUUUUUUUUAAUUGACAUUAAUUUAGGUGAUAUUAAUUUUCACUUUGAGAAAGUGUACCUUAAAAAUAUAUUAUUCUACCUGACCAGUCAUAAUAGCAAAACCAUUAAUUUAUACAAAUGUUCCUCAUAAAUGUAAUUUUCAAAUCUUGUAAGUUCAAAGAAUGCUUGUUAAAAAUUUUUAUACCAGAUCAAAAUUAAAGAACCUUAAAAAUGAUUUAUAAUGAGUAACAUUUUGGCUGUUUUAUUGUUAUCUGAAUUUAAAAUUAUUUUAUAUCUUUUUUGACUAUACAGCUUAAUUGCAUCCUGUAAUUAUAUAACAGAUAAAAUUCUUGAGCUAAUAACUUGAUGUCUCAUUUUAUAGCGUCAUGUUUUUAUUGUUAUACCAAUUUGUUAUAGUAUUGUUCAUUUAUAAUAUUUUAUGCAUUAGUGUUAAGUUCAAUUGAAUUUUUAGUGGAACCAAUUAUGCUUAAACAAUUGAUUUGAUUUGAGCAAAGAUUAUUUAUUUUGUUUGUUUCUUAUAUAAACUUUUUAUAAAUUGUACAGAUUUUAUUUGUAUUUAAUACCAAUUCAUUUGUCUCCUACUAUGGAAUAUCUUUAUAAUUCCUCUUUUUAAACCCUUUUAGCCCCGGCGUCCGAUAUAUCGGACAGAGGUGGUCUAGCUAAAAUGCCCAACGUCUGAUAUACCGGACGUCUCGAGAAUUUAAUGUAGCUGGCUAAUAAUAUGUCCAAAUG